UCUUCGGUCAAAAUCAUUUUUCGUAUAAUUUAAUUAUAUUAUAUCGUAGAGUGUAUCAUUGAAUUCUAGUUUAAUACACUCAUAACUUAUUUACAGUGACCCAUUCGAAACCUAAUGUACAGCAGAGCGUUACCUGCCUAUCUUUUUUUGAUUUUAUAUUAUCGAUUUUUUUAUCCAAAUGCUUAUUUAAUGUUAAAGAACUUAACUGCCUUUGUUUUUUAUAUUUAUACAUCUUAUAUAGUUACACGACAUGUGCACAUAGUAUAAUAUUGUAACAACAGUAACCAAUUUUAUAUAGGCGUAUUGUAUAGGCAAUUUAAACAAAAUAUAAAUAAAAUGAACAUUUUAAGGAUAAUACAAAUAUUGGUAUUUCAAGCUUAUUUGCCUAAUUGCCUGUGAUAGACACUUUAGAUGUUCGUGUAAUUGUUGAAAAUCUUGUAGUAGUUCCACUAUUUUAAAUAAAAUGGUAAUAUGUAAAGUAACAUGGUAUACCUGGCACUUGCUAGAUUUUAAUUUUUUAUGACGCACCCAAAAAUGUUAAUAUACAUUAGUAUAAAUAUAAAUGUUUUGAGAAUUUAAUUGUGUAUAGAAAAUAUUAAAAUAAUAAUGAAUAUAAUUGCACAAAGUUUCAACUUUAAAGUCGUAACUUUUAAUAUUUUUGAAUUAGGUUGGCGCGGCAAAGUAACUAAAGCCAUUAGACUUUAUUUAGAGGAAAAACUAUUUUUUUAUAUGUAUCCGAUUUUAAUAAAACAUAAACUUCAAAUGUCCAUAAGAAAAAUUAUACAAAUAUAUUUUCAAUAUUUUUAAAUAAUGCUAAGAAACCAAAAAUGUAUUAUUCAGUUAUAAAUUUUAAUUUAUAUUUAAUUUUGGUAUGUUUAUCAGUUAUUGUGUUGAAAUCUGUAGUUGCAUCACUAUGUACUGUAAGUGUAAUAGAGUAUAGUGUGUACGGCUUCACUCGUUAUAUAUAAUAUGAGCACUAAGCAGAUAGAAAGGUACAGUGAUUAAUUAUUAAAAUAAUAUACAUAAUACUUGAAUAAUACUUGAAUAAUAGGCAUAUAAAUUAUUGUUUCAACCACUCUAAAUACCUAUAUAUUAUUAUAAUUAAAUACAUCCGUUUAACUAUUAUUACUCAUAAAUUUUGUAUAUUACAUUAUUUUGAAUGUAUCUAAAUGGAAUAUUACAUCUACAAUCUGACUUUAGUGGCUGAGUAUCAGAGUACCUACCUGCAGAUCGGAACUUUGCUUGUCGAAAAGCUUCAAUAAUACGCAAUAUCCCUCCAUUGAUUUGAUAACAAAUGCGCAUCGUAUAAAAUAUACAUAUGUACCUAUUAUUUUCAACGACUAUAAUGUGCGUGUAAUAAUAAUUGGGCAUGCGAAUUCAAUCCAUCAUAUUAUUUUUGGCCCAAUACAUUUUAUUCUUCGGUAAGUUAAAUUCACCUGUUGCAUCGUCUGACACAUCGCUUGUGUAAACAAGGACGUAGUCGACUUGGUGACUAUAUAUAUACUCAGAUAUCGUGCGCAAAUAUAAUAAGGAAGCAAAAUAUAUUAAUAGUUCAGUCUUGAAGAGUACUCAAGUAAAAGUAUUCAAAUGCUUUUGAAGAAGUACUUGGAAAAAAUAUUUUAAGUACUUAUUAAAGUCUUAUUUGUUUUGAACUAAGCGCAAUUUUUUUUGCUCAUGGACUACAUAUGUAUAUUGAUAGUUUAAUUCAAUACGUAGAAUAUAAUUUUUUACAGGAUUUAUUUAUAUUUAGUACCGUAAAGAUUAAUUAUGCAGUAUUAUGCAGACAAUUCUUAAAUAAUUUUUAGUUCCGUCAGUUUUGUAAGAUCUAAACAAGUAAAAUUGUUUAGGUAUAUUUACCAUUCAUUUUAGUCUAUUCUAUAAUCAUUAAUAUUACUGCAUGACAGUCGAAUGUGGUGUUUUUCAACUAGUACGAAAAAUGAUAAUUGUAUGUGAGUGAUAAAAGUGCAAAAGUAAAUUACAUACCUACUACUUUUGGCACGAAAAAAAAAUUGAAAAAUUAGUUUUAAAAGUUAUUAUGGCGAGACCGUUUAAGUUUAUCUUAUAUUAUAAAUAUUAUUUUAACCAUAUGUAUUGAUUAUAAAAUGUUCAAUACCUAAUUAUUAUAAUAAUAAUUAUCAAUUUAGGCUGCCUCCACUGCCAUCGUUAUAGACGAGCGCUGUUGUGCGGGCGUAGUAGCGUGACAAUAUUGAUAUAAAUGUGCGAUAACAUUGCUAUAGAGUAAUAUAAAAUAACAUUAUAAUACUCGAUCGACACCGAACGAACACUAUAUUAUGUACAGUUCAACGGUGACAGCGUGUGGUCGAUCACCGCGUUGAUGUUUUAUUUUUUUAACAGAAAAAUCGUUUAAACGUUUAAAGUGACUUCCCGCCGCCGCAGAAUACUGAGACUUGCGCACACCAACUGAAUAUUGUAAAUAUCAUAUUAUACAACAAGCGUUUGGUCCUAUAGUUUUUUUUAGCAGAAAUCGAUUUUUUACCCAGUUCGUUUUGCGUUAAUAUAAUUAAUAUAAUUAUGCGUGCACCAACCUAUCCGCUGGACUAUACAUGUCAAUUUUAAUAUUUUAUAAUAUUGGGACGUCGGGUUGACUCGUGAUGGGUAAACUUAUUGCCACCAGGAGUCUUAUUUUUAAAAUAAUAAUAUCGUCAUAUCACGUUCACAAUCUUAUCGGCCUGUACGGUGUUAGUAGUGUGAUGUAGCGUUUUUUAUAAAACUUGACUUUUCCUCCAUCGCUAUUUUUCUACUUAUCUAACUCUCUCUCUCCCUCUUUCUCACUUUCACUCUCACUCUCACUCUUUCUUUGUUUAUUUGAUCUUUCUCGAGUCUUGACGAAAUGUCCAAUCGUGACAAGUGCUACCAAACCGAAAACAACAGUGAAAACAUACGAACCACCGGACUGCAAUUGCUUCCGAAAAAGCCUGAAGUCCACUUGUCGUUCGAAAGUCUCACCUAUACUGUGAACACCUACAGAAAAUUAAAAAAAGUGAAAAAGAAGAUAUUGCAUGGCAUUGAUGGCAGUUUCAGGUCCGGACAACUAACGGCCAUCAUGGGACCGUCUGGUUGUGGCAAGAGCACAUUACUCAACGUACUCGCCGGAUACUCGAUAAGUGGAAGUUCAGGCCAAGUGUAUUUAAACGAAUCGUUGCGAGAUGAAAAACAAAUGGCGAACAUCAGCUGCUACAUACAGCAAGACGAUUACGUACGUGACCUGUUGACCGUCAGGGAGUCGAUGACAGUGGCUGCACAUCUCAAGUUACCGACAACCGUGUCGGCUAUAUCAAAGGCCAGCCAAGUGGAAGACUUGCUUGACGCGAUUGGUUUGUCCGUUCACGGAGAUACCAUCACCAAACGCCUCUCCGGAGGCCAGAAAAAAAGACUGUCUAUCGCUUUAGAGCUAAUAACCAACCCGUCAAUAUUGUUCUUAGACGAGCCCACCACCGGUUUGGACAGUCAAUCUUGCAGAAAUUUGGUAUCACUGAUGAUGAACUUAGCUCACAAUGAAAGUCGUACCAUGGUGUGUACACUACACCAGCCUAGUGCUUUACUAUUCGAAAAGUUUGACCAAGUUUAUGUGUUGAGCUCGGGUCGAUGCAUUUACCAAGGACCACCUAAAUUAGUUAUUCCUUACUUUGCUGAAAAUUCCGUUAUAUGUCCACCGUACCAUAAUCCAGCCGACUUUUUAAUCGAAGUGGCCAUAGGCGAAUAUGGUACUGGUGUACUUGUUGAAUUGUUUGAUAUAACAAAACUCACGAACAUAAAUGACCGCAACAAGUGUCUAACAAUUUCUAAUGAAGACAACGAAGCACAACUUGAUAAUGGCGAGUACCAGAAAAACAACAAUACCGAUAACAAACGAUUACCAUAUAAAACCGAGCUUUUAAAUAAACCUCCGUUUUAUAUACAGACAUAUCAUUUAUAUUGGCGAAAUGUAAUCAUGUACAAACGUAACAAAACUAACGCGAUGUUGCGGAUCACCGUCCAUUUCGCCGUAGCCCUCCUAGUCAGUUAUAUAUACCGCGGAGUGGGAAACGACGCGGCUCGAGUGCUCGACAACAUGAAGUUCGUGUACGGUACCAAUUUGUUCUUGGCUUACACCGGUCUGAUGGCCGUCAUCGUUUCUUUCCCAUUAGAGUACAUGGUCUUGAAGAGAGAACACUUCAACGGUUGGUACACACUUUUCCCGUACAUGGUGUCCGUAUUGCUGGUCGAAAUACCGCUUCAGCUAUCGUGUUGUCUCGCCUACAUCAUACCGGCGUACAUGAUCACUGACCAACCAUUAGAAAUUAUCCGAUUCGGUUACUUUGCCGUUUUCCUGGUGGCCACUUCCCUAACGUCUCAGAGUGCAGGAUUCUUGUGUGGUGCAACUAUGCCAUUGAAGAUAUCUGUGUUCGUUGGACCAGUAUCGUUGGCGCUACUCUCCAUGUUUGGAUUUGCGAUAAGGUUUUCGGACAUACCUGCCAUGUAUGUGUGGCUGCAUCAUUUCAGUUUCGUUAGGGCGUCGUUCCAGAGUCUUUUGUACUCGCUGUACGGCUUCACUAGGGGAAUUUUACCGUGCUUCGACGAAAUGUAUUGCCAUUACAAGAACCCAAUGAAGUUUCUUACCGAAAUGGCAUUCGAUCAUAUGAAUAUUAACCCUGAACUUUUGUACGUGUGUUUCUUUUUCUUGUGCACUUAUGUGCUGACAAUAACUGUCAUAUGGUACAAACUGAACAAACGAUAGAUCUCACUCGAAAUCUAACCUGCAAUAGGAUUGAAGAAUCCUUGUUAUAUUAUUAUUAUGUCACAUAAAUUAUUUGUCUGAUAUGCAUUAUUAUAUUAUCAGUUUGAAUUAUUUUUGACGAUGUGGUCACUUUUUAACGUGAGUUAUUAUUAUAUUGAAUUGUGUCAUAAUAAUAUAAAUUAUUCGAUAACAUAUUCUUAUGCAUGUUUAUUAUUUAGAGAUCAAAUUAUUAAUUUACUGACCCUUUUACGACCCAUAUGAUAUGAAUUCAACGAAAAUUCAAAACUUUCAAUAAAUUAACUGAUGUCCCUUAAAGUCCCAACAAUUAUAAGUGUAUAACCAUAUACUACAUAAAGAUCUGACAGUACAAAAUUAUACUUCUAUAAAAUACAAAAUUGUAAUUCAUAAUUAACUACCUAUACCCAACCUUGUAAUGAAACACCAUCAUCAUUUUCCAUACUAAACCACUCUCUACGAAGGUUAUCAUAACUCAAUUGGUUACGGGAUCUUCUGCUUUAUGAUCAAAAUAACAUUAUAAGAAAAAAAUUUAAACUAAAAUAGCUAUUAAAUUACUGUAGAAAUAUGUAAACAGAGAAACCAAUGGGUCAUGUGUAAUCAACAGUUUAAUUUCUAUAUUGUUUUACACUUUUCACGUUUAAUUGUCAAUCUCUCAACAAAAUAAAUAGUAAAUAUCGUGAAAAAGUAAACAAAAUAUACUUAAAUUUAUUGCACUUGUGGUAUUCUCAAACCGUUGCUACUUUAUUGUAUAGAUGAAUAUUCACAUUGUAAUCGUGUUCUUAAAAAAAAAAAAAAAAACUGUAUUUUAAAUUUAUUAUUUUAAUAUUAUUCUUUAAAAUGUUCAAAGCGAGUAUGUACUUACUAAUCAUCACUUUUUUUUUUAUCUUACUAUACUAUAUUAUGUUUAUGUUACAAUAUAGGUACAAUUUGUUAUUUGUUA